AUGUGUUUUGUGAACAAUCAAAAGGUAUGGAGAACUUUAGACGUGACCGAGGUGGAGGCCGAGUGUCUGGGAAAGUUCAAGAAUCGUGGUGGUUGUUGCCUUGGUAAAACAGGUUGCUGGAACAAGCAACUAUUGUCGAUAGGUUUUAUAGGUGAAACAGCUAGUAGGUCGACGGUGAACAAAGGUUUUGAAUGUGGUGGUGUUCGUCAGUGGUUAAUGGCGGAGAAACACAGUUGGAAUCCAGCGACAGAAGCCCCAGUGAACAACGGGUGUAACUAUAAUGGUCCUAAGGCCUCCCAAAAGGUAAUGGAGGCAUGUAAAGGUUUCCUCAAGUCGGACGAAGAUUAUCCCUUGAGUGCAAAAGGAGAAGGAAGCUUGACUGCAAAACCCACCUAUUGA